UUCCGGUGGAGAGGUUUGGCCCUGUCACCGCGCCGUAGGCCGUGGCCUCCGCGGAGCGCCGGCCGGCGGCGUGUAGGACAGUCGGAGAGAUGUCACUGCUUCGGUCGUUGCGCCUCUGCUUGGUCGCGCGGACCGGGAGCUGCCAGGCGGGGCCCCUUCGGCUCCAGGCGCCUCGGCGGUGGCACACAUCUCACGCUGGGCUCGGCCUGACCUCGGCCUCUGGCAAGGAGCUCCUCAUGAAGCUGCGGCGAAAAACGGGUUAUUCCUUUGUAAACUGCAAGAAAGCUCUGGAGACUUGUGGCGGGGACCUCAAACAGGCGGAGAGCUGGCUCCACAAGCAGGCCCAGGAGGAGGGCUGGAGCAAGGCUGCCAAGCUGAAUGGGAGAAAGACUAAAGAAGGCCUGAUUGGGCUGCUGAAGGAAAGAAACACAGCUGUGUUAGUAGAGGUAAACUGUGAGACAGAUUUUGUUUCCAGAAAUCUAAAAUUUCAGCAGUUGGUCCAGCAAGUUGCCCUUGGAACCAUGUUACAUUGUCAGCACCUAAAGGAUCAACUCUCCACAUACAGUAAAGGCUUCUUGAAUCCCUCCGAACUCUCUGAAAUUCCAGCUGGGCCUGAGAGAGAAGGUUCUCUCAAAAAUCAGUUGGUCUUAGCAAUUGGGAAACUGGGAGAAAACAUGACUCUGAAACGAGCUGCAUGGGUGAAGGUGCCAGAUGGGUUCUACAUUGGCUCUUAUGUCCAUGGAGCAGUGCACAGUCCCUUGCUCCACAACCUGGUGCUGGGGAAGUACGGGGCCCUUGUCAUCUGCAAGACGUCUGAGCAGAAAGCAAACCUUGAAGACCUUGGCCGCCGCCUUGGGCAGCAUGUGGUGGGCAUGGCCCCCCGCUCUGUUGGCUCCUUGGACGAUGAGCCUGGGGGAGAGGAGGAAACCAAGAUGCUGUCCCAGCCAUACUUGCUGGAUCCUUCCAUCACACUGGGGCAGUAUGUGCAGCCCCGAGGGGUAUCUGUAGUAGACUUUGUGCGGUUUGAAUGUGGAGAAAGCGAAGAGGCAGCAGAGGCUGAAUAAGUUCCAGAGACUUUUGGCCUAGGAGGAAAUGUUUACUAACUCUGGACUUCAUUACAAAAAGAAGUUAUAUUUCCUAAGCUUCUUUAAACCCAGACGUUUUUUUUUCUUUGUGUUUAUAAUGAAAUUAUAUAUUUCAUGGGUAAAGUUAUUCAAUAAAAUGGUUAUCUAAUGAACAGUGAAUCUUCCCAUGUCUGCCCCGUGCUGGGCUAGCCUUUUUGUGCUUCACUUUAGUGGCAGCAGGUGGGCCUUAGCAACGUGACCGACAGCUGUGCUGCUGCCCCUCAGCACUGGUUUAUUAAAGUAUCCCUGAAUUUCU